AUGGGGCUAAGUAACCUCAACCCACUGCGGUCGCGCGAUGCGAAACGUCCCAAGUUGCCCAUGCACAAGCAGCUGAACCCUACAAGCUCAUCAUCCCCUACGAAGGAACGUUACUCCGAUGUCGAUGGUUCUUCGGACGAUUACUCCUCCGGUGAUUCCUCCGAUGACUUUUCACGAUCCAGACCUGAACCUCGACGGUCUCGACAUGCCUCCUCCUCAGCUUCCUCGAACUCCGUCCUGAUGGCGCAAAGGCUGUCACCCACCUCCCAGCGCCGCUCCCCUCGAAGACAUCUCUACAGACUACCAAACAAGGUUAUACGAGUGUUGUGUAUCGCCUUGAUCACGACCAUUGUCGUCUUCAUCUUCGGUCUCGUGCGAGCAAGUCAGAUGGAAAACAGAAGGAUAGCUGAAGGGAAGGUCGAGAAAAAGCCACCACCUCCUCCGCCGUGGGAAAACUUCAAGUUUCUUACCCGAUACUAUGGCGGACUCAAGACAUUGGUACCUGUUGAGGAAAAUGUGCCCCAAUAUCCCAGGUUUGAAGAUGAAGCUCCCUACAAUGCAAGUGCGCCCUCCGCACAGGAGGAAGGGGACAAGUCUGGCAAGAGAGAUACUGCAGAAGGCUCAUCAGCGGCAACCAAGACCAUACCACCAAGCAAGUCAUUCAUGGACCAUCCGGGUUCGGUUGUUCCAAACAGCCGUCAAGGGUUCCAGGAGUGUUUCCUCGACGAACAGAAAUUGAUACGGGUUCCCCCAAUCCAAUACUACGAUGGCCGCCCCAGUGGAUUUCCGGAUAAUGUUGUCGGCUCCUACGAGCUUCUUUCUCUUCCCGAAGACAUCUGUUUCGACCGAUUCGGCAGAUAUGGCCCGUAUGGCUAUGGCUACUCGGUCAAGACAGGAGGCCUUGGGGUUGGCGAGCACGGCGACCGAGUUGGAGCUGAUGAGGUCUGGAAAUCGACCAAACAGGUGGAUUGGAGCAGCAACAUCGACUGGGCUGAAGCUCAACGGCGGUGCUUUAAAGCCAAUGAAGGCCGUUACAAGCCAGUUGCAGCACAUAAGAACCCUCUUCAAGGCUUCUAUAUCCAGGAGCAAGACGGAAAAUCAAAACUGAAGACCAGAGCGGACGUCCAAUCUUCCGAGAUUACGGCUACUGCGAAGCCUGCCGGAGAGAAAGAAAACGGGUCCGCCACACCUGAAGUACCCAAGCCAAAGGGCGAUGUUCCCCGGUCCGCUCUUGUUAUCAGAGCCUGGGACGAGAUCGACUGGAACGCCGAGAAGAUUCUCAAUCUUCGCGCCCUUGUGGCCGAACUAUCUCUCGCUUCUGGCGGUCGCUACGAUGUACAUCUCUUGGUACAGGUACGCAAUGACGGAAGGAAUCCCGUCUGGGCCGACGACGAGGCCUACCAAAAACGUAUCAACGACACCAUCCCCGCAGAAUUCCGUGGUAUGGUAACUUUGUGGUCUGAAACCCAAAUGCUCGCCAUCUAUCAGGGUGUCCGCGACCUUUGGACCAAGGGCCCUGAACUGCCUGUCCAUGGUUCCUAUCGUGGCUUGCAGAUGGCUAUGCAGUACUUUGCCUAUAAGCACCCCGAGUAUGAACACUUUUGGCAAUGGGAAAUGGACAUCCGCUACACCGGCCAUUACUACGACCUGCUAUCCAAGCUGGAGGCCUGGGCCAAAGAGCAGCCGCGCAAGGGCUUGUGGGAACGCAACGCGCGGUUCUACAUGCCGUACGUGCACGGUACCUGGGACGACUUCAAGCAGAUGGCGCGUGUGCAAACCGAGCACGGCAUCGUCGGCGCCGACAACAUCUGGGACAACGCCAUCAAGAAGGGCGGUAACAAGGACAAACAAGAAUCGCCCAACCAAGUGAAAACCAAGGGCGAGAAGAGCGUCUGGGGUCCGGAGCGGCCCAAGGACGAGAAGGACUGGUUCGAGCACGACCGGGAUCCCGUCCCGCCCACCAGCUACGAGCGCGACAAGUACGCCUGGGGCGUUGGCGAGGAAGCCGACUUGAUCACGCUCAACCCCAUCUUCAACCCGGAGGGCACCACUUGGGAGCUGGCCGACGACAUCACGGGCUACAACGAAACAAGCAACAUUGGCAAGCCGCCACGGCGCGCCCAGAUCAUCACUGCGAGCCGCAUGUCCCGCCGCCUGCUGCUUACCAUGCACCGCGAGACGGCCUUCAAGAAGCACCAUGCCUUCCCGGAGAUGUGGCCGGCCACGGUCGCGCUCCACCACGGCUACAAGGCUGUCUUUGCCCCUCACCCACUGUUCGUCGACCGCGAGUGGCCAACCGAGUACAUGGCGCACAUCCUCAACGGCGGGCGCAACGGGGCCUCGGGCGGGUCGAGGACGUCCGUGUUUGGUAACCGUGAGCAUAACAUGAGGGGCCUGACAUGGUUUUAUAAUGCCGGGUUCUCAGCUAAUCUGUAUAAGCGGUGGUUGGGGCUCAAGAUCAAUAAUGAUGGUGGGGAGCAGUUCGAGCUGAGGCCGGAUAAUAGCGCGGAUGACCAGACGGUGUCGACGAUGCGCGGCGGCGAGGGGAGGAUGUGUCUGCCGCCUAUGCUGUUGCAUCCGGUUAAGGACGUUGUGUUGCCGGUUGAGCAGGAGGCGGAGGAGGCCAAGGUCACGAUCCCAGAGUCGGAUCCGUCUGCUUGAAUGUUUUGCUUGUUUAUUUUGUUGAGCGGCGUUUGGGCGAUAUGUCUAGUGAUAUCUCUGCUUUGGCCUCAAGUGUCUUGAGUUUGGAGAAGCUUUGAACAGGUUGGGGGUGGCGUUGGUGAAUAUGACCUAGAUAGCAAUGCAUCAUGCAGUAAGGUUAGACAUAGAAUCGAGGAAUGCAAGAUAUCUUUCUCCGGG